CGCCGGUUGCUGCCGCCCCUGGCAACGGUCGGCGUCCCUUCCUGGAGACUGCGCCCUGGACGCCGCGCCGCUCGGUGGGGCAGGAGCUGUGGCUGGGGCAUCCCCCUGAGGAGCAGCAUGGAGCAGCAGAACAGAGAAGGCUGCAGCCCAGGCAGGACCCCUCAGCCCCCCAAGGGCAGUGGUGCUUCUUCAGGUCAAUGGUGCCACCCAGGAAGGAGUCUUAGAGGCCUAAACUAUAACCUGGAGAAGACUCCGCAGGGACCAAGUAAUAGGUUGAGAAACCCUCCUCUGGGGCCUGACUUCAAGCUCCCACCUUUACCCUCACCUCUGGCCCCAUCCAUGCUCUUAGAGGACGAGCAGCCCAGGAUGUCACCCUUGACAGGCACUGAUAAGAAGUACCCAGUGCUGAAGCAGCGUGGGUUCUACUCUGACAUCCUCAGCCCUGGAACUUUGGACCAACUCGGGAACGUGUGUUGUGGCCCCAGCAUGAACCAGAACUUCUUGCGUCAGGCUGACCUCGACAAAUUCACUCCAAAAGUUGGAAGCUUCGUGAUUCCAGAGGACUUUGAGGAGCGCAUGGAGCAGCAGUGCAUCGGGUCCACCACGCAGCUGCUGUCUCAGACAGACUUCCCCCUGCAGUCCUAUGAGCCCAAGGUGCAAGUGCCCUUCCAGGUGCUGCCUGGCCAGCGGCCCCGCAAGGUUGAGAUUGAGAGGAGAAAGCGGAAGUACCUGAGCCUGGACAUCGAGCAGCUGCUGGCCAGUGAAGGCAUCGACUCCAACAAGCUCAUGCCCAGGCACCUGGAUCUCCAGAACCCUCAAACCAUUGAACAGGGCCAUGACCCGCUCUUCCCCACCUAUCUCCCCCUGAAGGUUUUUGACAAUGAGGAAUUUGACUGCCGUACUCCCAGUGAAUGGAUCAGCAUGGGCUUGGAGCCAGGGUCUCAGAACAGGAAACCCGUCCCUGGCAAAGCCCUCCUGCCCACUGAUGACUUCCUGGGGCAUGAGGACCCCAAGAGUCCGAAGCUGAAGUACGAAUGGUGCGAGGUUGGCGUCCUAGAUUAUGACAAGGAGAAGAAGCUAUACCUGGUACACAAGACGGAUAAGACAGGCCUUGUGCGAGACGAGAUGGGGCAGCCCAUCCUAAAUGGAGGGGUCACUGCCAAAGGAAGGCCACCGCUCCUGGUCUGUCAGUACUGGGUGCCGCGGAUACAGCUUCUCUUCUGUGCAGAGGACCCUCAUGUGUUCACACAGCGUGUGGUCCAGGCCAAUGCUCUGCGCAAGAACACAGAGGCGCUGCUACGGUACAACCUGUAUGUGGACUGCAUGCCCUCCAGGGACCAGCAGCUCAUCAGUGAGCAGAGCCUGAACAAGAUCAAGCAGUGGGCCAUGAACACGCCCAAGAUGCGCAAGGGUCCCACGGUCCUCGAGCACCUCAGCAAACUCACCAAAGAAGUGAUCCUGGACUACGAGCGCAGCAUGAACAAGAUGAGCUUUGACAGGAUCGUCUCCUCCAAACCUGACACUUUCUCCUAUGUGACCCUGCCCCAGGAGGAGGAGGAGGAGGUGCCUGAGAAGGGGCUGGUGAGUGUUCCCAAGUACCCCUUCCGAGAACAGAAGGAGGAUUUCACCUUUGUGUCUCUGCUCACGCGGCCAGAAGUCAUCACAGCCCUGAGCAAGGUCCGGGCCAAGUGCAACAGCGUGACCUCCAUGUCACUGUUCCACUCAACCCUCUCCAAGUAUAGCCGCCUGGAGGAGUUCGAGCAGAUCCAGCUGCAGACCUUAUCCCAGGUGCAGAUGUUCCUCAAGGACAGCUGGAUCAGCACCCUGAAGGUGGCUAUGCGCAGCAGCCUGCGCGACAUGAGCAAGGGCUGGUACAACCUCUACGAGACUAACUGGGAAGUGUACCUCAUGUCAAAGCUGCGCAAGCUGAUGGAGAUGAUCAAGUACAUGCUGCAGGACACGCUACGCUUCCUUGUGCAGGACUCGCUGGCCAGCUUCACACAGUUCAUCAGUGACGCCUGUGGCAGUGUGCUGGACUGCCCCGAUGACAUGGUCUGGGGUGAAGACUUAAUGAACAGCCCCUACAAGCCCAAGAAGAAUCCCUUGUUCAUCAUGGACCUGGUGCUGGAUGGCUCAGGGGUGCAUUACAGCACACCGCUGGAGCAGUUUGAGACAUCUCUGCUCAAUAUCUUCGACAAGGGCAUCCUGGCCACCCACUCUGUGCCCCAGUUGGAGAAGCUGGUGAUGGAGGACCUCUUUAUCUGUGGGGACCCCCUGCUGGAGUCGGUGGGCCUUCAUGAGCCGCUGGUGGAGGAGCUGCGGGCUGUCAUAGUUAACGCUAUGCAUAAGGCCAUGAUCCCGCUGCAGGCCUAUGCCAAGGAGUACAGGAAGUACCUGGAGCUGAACAACAGCGAUGUUACCGCCUUCCUCAAAGCCUACCAGACGCAGUGCCCAUCGGCCCAGGAGGUGCGUGAAGUGGUACUCACCCACCUAAAGGAGAAAGAGAUCCUGGACAACUCGCUGCCCAGCAGCAUCAUCAUUGGUCCCUUCUAUAUCAACGUCGACAAUGUCAAGCAGAGCCUGUCCAAGAAGCGCAAGACCCUGGCCACUUCCAUGAUGGACAUCCUGGCCAAGAGUCUUCACAAGGAAGUGGACGGUAUCUGCGAAGAGUUCCGCAGCAUCAGCCGAAAGAUCUAUGAGAAGCCCAACAGCAUUGAAGAGCUUGCGGAGCUGCGAGACUGGAUGAAGGGCAUCCCUGAAAAGUUGGUGGGGCUGGAGGAGCGGAUUGUGAAGGUCAUGGAUGACUACCAGGUCAUGGACGAGUUCUUUUACAACCUCAGCACGGAGGACUUCAAUGACAAAUGGGCUGCCAGCUUCUGGCCAUCUAAGAUCCUCGGGCAGAUAGAGAUAGUGCGGCAUCAGCAUAUCGAGGAUGAGGAGAAGUUCCGCAAAAUCCAGCUCAUGGAUCAGAACAACUUCCAGGAGAAGCUGGAAGGGCUGCAGCUGGUGGUAGCUGGCUUCUCUGUCCAUGUGGAGAUUGCACGAGCGCAUGAAAUUGCCAAUGAGGUGCGGCGGGUCAAGAAGCAGCUGAAGGAGUGCCAGCAGCUGGCGACGCUCUACAACAACCGGGAGCGCAUCUUUGGGUUGCCCAUCACCAAUUAUGAGAAACUCUCCCGGAUGGUGAAGGAGUUCCAGCCCUACCUGGACCUCUGGACCACAGCUUCUGACUGGCUACGCUGGUCUGAGAGCUGGAUGAAUGACCCCCUGUCAGCCAUUGAUGCUGAACAGCUGGAGAAGAACGUCAUUGAGUCCUUCAAGACCAUGCACAAGUGCGUGAAGCAGUUCAAGGACAUUCCAGCCUGCCAAGAUGUGGCCUUAGACAUCCGAACCCGCAUCGAGGAGUUCAAGCCAUACAUCCCCCUGAUCCAGGGGCUACGCAACCCUGGCAUGCGGAACCGGCACUGGGAUAUACUAUCCAAUGAGAUCAACAUCAACGUCAGGCCCAAAGCCAACCUGACCUUUGCCCGCUGCCUCGAGAUGAACCUGCAGGACCAUAUCGAGAGUAUCAGCAAGGUGGCAGAGGUGGCUGGCAAGGAGUAUUCCAUCGAGCAGGCACUGGACAAGAUGGAGAAGGAAUGGUCAACCAUCCUGUUCAACGUGCUGCCCUACAAAGAGACCGACACCUACAUCCUCAAGAGCCCAGACGAGGCUUCACAGCUGCUUGACGACCACAUCAUCAUGACCCAGAGCAUGUCCUUCUCCCCCUACAAGAAGCCCUUUGAGCAGCGCAUCAGCUCCUGGGAGACCAAACUGAAGCUGACCCAGGAGGUGCUGGAGGAGUGGUUGAACUGUCAACGCUCCUGGCUCUACCUGGAGCCCAUCUUCAGCUCUGAGGACAUCAACCGGCAACUGCCUGUGGAGAGCAAGCGCUACCAAACCAUGGAGCGGAUCUGGAGGAAGAUAAUGAGGAAUGCCAACGAGAACCGGGAGGUGAUCAAUGUGUGUUCCGACCAGAGGCUGCUGGACAGCCUCCGGGAUUGCAACAAGCUGCUGGACCAGGUGCAAAAGGGCCUCAGCGAGUACCUGGAGACCAAGCGCAGCGCCUUCCCCAGAUUCUACUUCCUGUCAGAUGAUGAACUACUGGAGAUCUUAUCCCAAACAAAGGACCCCACUGCUGUGCAGCCCCAUCUGCGCAAGUGCUUCGAAAACAUCGCCCGGCUGCUGUUCCAGGAGGACCUGGAGAUCACACACAUGUACUCGGCCGAAGGGGAGGAGGUGCAGCUGUCCUUCUCCAUCUACCCAUCCAGCAAUGUGGAGGACUGGCUGCGGGAGGUCGAGCACAGCAUGAAGGCCAGCGUGCGCAGCAUUAUUGAGAGGGCCAUCCUGGCCUACCCCAACAUGCCCAGGACACAGUGGGUUCUGAACUGGCCUGGCCAAGUGACCAUCGCUGGCUGCCAGACCUACUGGACCAUGGAGGUGGCACAGGCUCUGGAGACCGGCAGCCUUAGCGUCCGACUGUUCCCCCAGCUCUCCCAGCAGCUCAGUGACCUGGUGGCCCUGGUACGGGGAAAGCUCUCCCGCAUGCAGCGGGCAGUGCUGUCGGCACUAAUUGUCAUUGAGGUCCACGCCAAGGAUGUGGUACACAGGUUGAUACAGGAGGAUGUGGUCAGUGUGAAUGACUUUGAGUGGAUCUCACAGCUCAGGUACUACUGGACAAAUAGUGACCUGUACAUCCGGGCUGUGAAUGCCGAGUUCAUCUAUGGCUAUGAGUACCUAGGCAACAGCGGGAGGCUGGUGAUCACGCCCCUCACUGACAGGUGCUACCUGACCCUGACCGGAGCCCUGCACCUCAAGUUUGGGGGUGCCCCAGCUGGCCCAGCUGGCACAGGGAAAACAGAAACCACCAAAGACUUGGGCAAGGCCUUGGCCAUACAGACGGUUGUGUUCAACUGCUCUGACCAGCUCGACUUCAUGGCCAUGGGCAAGUUCUUCAAGGGCUUGGCCAGUGCUGGGGCGUGGGCCUGUUUCGACGAGUUCAAUCGCAUCGACAUCGAGGUGCUGUCUGUGGUGGCGCAGCAGAUCACCACCAUCCAGAAGGCGCAGCAACAGCGGGUGGAGCGCUUCAUGUUUGAGGGGGUGGAGAUCCCACUUGUACCAUCCUGUGCAGUGUUUAUCACCAUGAACCCAGGAUACGCUGGCCGCACUGAACUGCCUGACAAUCUAAAGGCCCUCUUCCGACCUGUGGCCAUGAUGGUCCCAGAUUAUGCCAUGAUUGCUGAGAUCUCCCUGUACUCCUUUGGCUUCAAUGAGGCCAGUGUGCUGGCUAAGAAGAUCACCACCACCUUCAAGCUGUCCUCUGAGCAGCUUAGCUCCCAGGAUCACUAUGACUUCGGGAUGAGAGCUGUGAAGACCGUGAUAUCAGCUGCUGGAAACCUCAAGCGAGAAAACCCCAGCAUGAAUGAAGAGCUGAUCUGCCUCCGGGCCAUCCGGGAUGUGAACGUGCCCAAGUUCCUGCAGGAGGACCUCAAGCUCUUCUCGGGGAUUGUGUCAGACCUGUUCCCCACCAUCAAGGAGGAGGACACUGACUAUGGCAUCCUGGACAAGGCCAUUCGCAAGGCCUGUGAUAAGAGUAACCUGAAGGAUGUGGAGGGCUUCCUGACCAAGUGCAUCCAACUCUAUGAGACCACGGUGGUGCGGCACGGCCUCAUGCUUGUUGGACCCACAGGCUCUGGCAAGAGUACCUGUUACAGAGUUCUGGCGGCCGCCCUGACGUCGCUGAAAGGGCAGCCGUCCAUCAGUGGCGGUGUGUAUGAGGCCGUCAACUACUACGUGCUCAACCCCAAGUCCAUCACAAUGGGCCAGCUGUAUGGGGAGUUUGACCUGCUCACCCAUGAGUGGACGGAUGGGAUCUUCCCUUCCCUCAUCCGGGCGGGGGCCAUCGCCCCUGACACCAACAAGAAGUGGUACAUGUUCGACGGGCCGGUCGAUGCUGUCUGGAUCGAGAACAUGAACACGGUGCUGGACGACAACAAGAAGCUGUGCCUCAGCUCUGGGGAGAUCAUCAAGCUCACAGAGGCGAUGACGAUGAUGUUCGAGGUGCAGGACCUUGCGGUGGCCUCCCCGGCCACAGUGUCCCGCUGUGGCAUGGUGUACCUGGAGCCCAGCAUCCUGGGGCUCAUGCCCUUUGUUGAGUGCUGGCUAAAGAAGCUCCCUUCCUUGAUAAAGCCCUAUGAGGAGCAUUUCAGGACACUCUUUGUCAGCUUCCUGGAGGAGUCCAUCUCCUUCGUUCGUUCCUCGGUGAAGGAGGUGAUUACCUCAACCAACAGCAACCUGACUGUGAGCCUCCUCAAGCUGCUUGACUGUUUCUUCAAGCCCUUUCUGCCUAAAGAGGGCCUCAAGAAGAUGUCCCCUGAAAAACUGAACCGCAUCCCAGAGCUGAUAGAGCCCUGGUUCAUCUUCUCCUUGGUCUGGAGUGUGGGUGCCACAGGAGACAGCAACAGUCGCAUGAAAUUCAGCAACUGGCUCAGGAUCAAGAUGAUAAGUGAAAAUGUGACCCUGCACUUCCCAGGAGAGGGACAGGUGUUCGAUUACAGGUUGGAGGACACUGGGAUCAGCAACAUUGACGAUGAUGACGAAGAAGAGGAGGAGGGCAAACAGGUGGCCUGGGUGAAGUGGAUGGACUCCUCGGCUUCAUUCACCAUGAUUCCAGAUACCAACUACUGCAACAUCAUCGUGCCCACCAUGGACACGGUGCAGAUGUCCUACCUGCUAGGCAUGCUGCUCACCAACCACAAGCCCGUGCUGUGUAUUGGGCCAACUGGCACAGGGAAGACACUUACCAUCUCUGACAAGCUCCUCAAGAACCUGCCGCUGGAGUACAUCAGCCACUUCCUCACCUUCUCAGCCCGCACUUCAGCCAACCAGACCCAGGACCUCAUCGACAGCAAGCUGGACAAGAGGCGGAAAGGUGUGUUUGGGCCACCCCUGGGGCGCACCUUCAUCUUCUUCAUUGAUGACCUGAACAUGCCAGCCCUGGAAACCUAUGGCGCACAGCCACCCAUUGAGCUGCUGCGGCAAUGGAUGGACCAUGGAGGCUGGUACGACCGCAAGAUCAUUGGAGCCUUCAAGAACCUGGUGGACAUCAACUUUGUCUGUGCCAUGGGCCCUCCAGGCGGUGGCAGGAAUGCCAUCACCCCAAGGCUGACACGUCACUUCAACUACCUGUCCUUUGCCGAGAUGGACGAGGGCAGCAAGAAACGCAUCUUCUCCACCAUCCUGAGCUCUUGGGUAGAUGGACUCCUUGGAGAAAGAAGUUACCGAGAGCCUGUGCCUGGGGCCCCCCACAUCGCCCCCUUCGUGGAUCCUCUCGUGGAAGCCACCGUCAUGGUAUACGCCACCAUCACCUCCCAGCUGCUGCCCACUCCAGCCAAGUCUCACUACACCUUCAACCUGAGGGACCUCUCCAAGGUCUUCCAAGGCAUGCUCAUGGCUGACCCAGCCAAGGUAGAGGACAAGGUGCAGCUGCUACGACUGUGGUAUCACGAGAACUGCCGCGUGUUCCGCGACCGGCUGGUCAAUGAGGAGGACCGCAGCUGGUUCGACCAGCUACUCAAGAGCCACAUGGAGCAGUGGGAGGUGACCUUUGAUGAGGUCUGCAUCUUCCAGCCUAUUCUCUAUGGGGACUUCAUGUCACCAGGCUCAGAUGUGAAGUCCUACGAGCUCAUCACCAAUGAGAAAAAGAUGAUGCAGGUGAUUGAGGAGUACAUGGAGGACUACAACCAGAUCAACACAGCCAAGCUGAAGCUGGUCCUCUUCAUGGACGCCAUGAGCCACAUCUGCCGCAUCAGCCGAACUCUGCGCCAGGCACUAGGCAACGCCCUCCUGCUGGGCGUGGGUGGCAGUGGCCGCAGCUCCCUCACGCGGCUCGCCUCACACAUGGCUGAGUACGAGUGCUUCCAGAUCGAGCUCUCCAAGAACUACGGCAUGUCCGAGUGGCGUGAGGAUGUCAAGAAGGUCCUGCUCAAAGCUGGCCUGCACAACCUGCCCAUCACCUUCUUGUUCUCAGACACCCAGAUCAAGAAUGAGUCCUUCCUAGAGGAUAUCAACAAUGUCCUGAACUCAGGCGACAUUCCCAACCUUUACAACCUGGAUGAGCAGGACCAGAUUGUCAACGCUAUGCGAAGCUAUGUCCAGGAGCAGGGCCUGCAGCCCACCAAGGCCAACCUCAUGGCUGCCUACACUGGGCGUGUACGCAGCAACAUCCACAUGGUGCUGUGCAUGAGCCCCAUUGGAGAGGUCUUCCGAGCUCGCCUGAGGCAGUUCCCCUCCCUCGUCAACUGCUGUACCAUUGACUGGUUUAAUGAGUGGCCAGCAGAGGCCCUGGAGUCUGUGGCUGCCACAUUCCUGAACGAGAUCCCAGAACUGGAAUCUUCCUCCGAAACAAUUGAAGGACUGAUUCAGGUUUGCGUGCAUAUACACCUGUCAGUGUCGAAGAAGUGUGUCGAGUACCUGGCAGAGCUGGCCCGCCACAACUAUGUGACCCCCAAGAGCUAUUUGGAACUGCUCAAUAUUUUCUCCAUCCUCAUCGGGCAGAAGAAACUGGAGCUGAAAACUGCCAAAAACCGCAUGAAGAGUGGCCUUGACAAGUUACUACGCACUUCUGAGGACGUGUCCAAGAUGCAAGAGGAGCUGGAGGUCAUGCGCCCCUUGCUGGAAGAGGCUGCCAAGGACACCAUAUACACCAUGGAGCAGAUCAAGGCGGAUACAGCCAUUGCUGAGGAGACCAGGAAUUCUGUGCAGGCUGAGGAGAUCAAAGCCAAUGAGAAGGCCAGGAAGGCACAAGCUAUUGCUGAUGAUGCUCAGAAGGAUCUGGAUGAGGCACUGCCAGCCUUAGAUGCAGCCUUGGCCAGCCUGCGCAACCUCAACAAAAACGAUGUGACUGAGGUGCGUGCCAUGCAACGGCCACCCCCAGGCGUGAAGCUAGUCAUAGAAGCUGUGUGCAUCAUGAAGGGUAUCAAGCCAAAGAAGGUGGCUGGAGACAAGCCAGGCACCAAAGUGGAUGACUACUGGGAGCCAGGCAAGGGGCUGCUGCAGGACCCAGGUCGCUUCCUGGAGAGCCUCUUCAAGUUUGACAAGGACAACAUUGGAGAGACUGUGAUCAAGGCCAUCCAGCCGUACAUCGACAACGAGGAGUUCCAACCAGCUGCCAUCGCCAAGGUGUCCAAAGCCUGCACCUCUAUCUGCCAGUGGGUGCGGGCCAUGCACAAGUACCACUUCGUGGCCAAGGCUGUGGAGCCCAAGCGGCAAGCCUUGCGGGAGGCCCAGGAAGACCUGGAGGUGACACAAAGGAUCCUGGAGGAGGCAAAGCAUCGCCUGCGUGAGGUAGAGGGUGGCAUCGCCACCAUGCAGGCCAAGUACCGAGAAUGCAUUGCUAAGAAAGAAGAGCUGGAGAUGAAGUGUGAGCAGUGUGAGCAGCGGCUGGGCCGUGCUGACAAGCUCAUCAACGGGCUGUCGGAUGAGAAGGUGCGCUGGCAGGAGACGGUGGAGAACCUGGAGAAUAUGCUUGACAACAUAUCGGGCAACGUGCUGGUUGCUGCCGGCUUUGUGGCCUACCUGGGCCCCUUCACGGGUCAGUAUCGCACAGCACUCUACGACCAGUGGGUCAAGCAGCUUAUAGUCCAUCAUGUACCACACACUUCUGAGCCCACGCUAAUUGGAACGCUGGGGAACCCCGUGAAGAUCCGCUCAUGGCAGAUUGCUGGCCUUCCCAAUGACACUUUGUCAGUGGAGAACGGGGUCAUCAACCAGUUCUCCCAGCGCUGGACUCACUUCAUUGACCCCCAGGGCCAGGCCAACAAAUGGAUCAAGAACAUGGAGAAGGACAAUGGGCUGGAUGUGUUUAAGCUGAGUGACCGUGACUUCCUGCGCAGCAUGGAGAAUGCCAUCCGCUUUGGCAAGCCAUGCCUUCUGGAGAAUGUGGGCGAGGAGCUUGACCCAGCUCUGGAGCCUGUGCUGCUUAAGCAGACAUACAAGCAGCAGGGGAACACAGUGCUGAGGCUGGGGGAUACAGUGAUCCCCUACCAUGAGGACUUCAGGAUGUACAUCACCACCAAGCUGCCCAACCCACACUACACACCCGAGAUCUCCACCAAACUCACCCUCAUCAACUUCACCCUGUCGCCCAGUGGCCUGGAGGACCAGCUGCUGGGCCAGGUAGUGGCUGAAGAGCGACCAGACCUGGAGGAGGCCAAGAACCAGCUGAUUAUCAGUAAUGCCAAGAUGCGUCAGGAACUAAAGGACAUUGAAGACCAGAUCCUAUACCGGCUCAGCUCCUCUGAGGGCAACCCUGUGGAUGACAUGGAGCUCAUCAAAGUGCUAGAAGCAUCCAAAAUGAAGGCUGCUGAGAUCCAGGCCAAGGUCAAGAUUGCAGAGCAGACAGAGAAGGACAUUGACCUCACACGCAUGGAGUACAUACCUGUGGCUGUCCGUACUCAGAUCCUCUUCUUCUGCGUGUCUGACCUGGCGAACGUGGACCCCAUGUACCAGUACUCCCUCGAAUGGUUCCUCAACAUCUUCCUCUCGGGCAUUGCCAACUCAGAGAGGGCAGACAACCUGAAAAAGCGCAUCAUCAACAUCAACCGCUACCUGACAUACAGCCUCUACAGCAAUGUCUGCCGCAGCCUCUUUGAGAAGCACAAGCUGAUGUUCGCCUUCCUGCUCUGUGUCCGCAUCAUGAUGAAUGAGGGCAAGAUCAACCAGGGUGAGUGGCGCUACCUCCUGUCUGGGGGCUCCAUCCAGACCAUGACUGAGAACCCUGCACCAGGAUGGCUGUCAGAACGAGCCUGGCGAGACAUCCUGGCACUGUCAAACCUGCCAACAUUUUCCUCCUUCCCCUCUGACUUUGUAAAGCACAAGACAAAAUUCCGGGCCAUCUUCGACAGCCUGGAGCCCCACCGGGAACCCUUGCCUGGCAUCUGGGACCAGUACCUGGACCAGUUCCAGAAGCUGCUGGUCCUCCGCUGCCUGCGUGGGGAUAAGGUUACCAAUGCCAUGCAGGACUUUGUGGCCACUAACCUGGAGCCACGCUUCAUUGAGCCCCAGACAGCCAAUCUAUCAGUGGUGUUCAAAGACUCCAAUUCCACCACGCCCCUCAUCUUUGUGCUGUCACCUGGCACAGACCCUGCUGCUGAUCUCUAUAAAUUUGCCGAAGAGAUGAAGUUCUCCAAGAAGCUCUCUGCCAUCUCCCUGGGUCAGGGUCAGGGCCCUCGGGCAGAAGCCAUGAUGCGCAGCUCCAUAGAGAGGGGCAAGUGGGUCUUCUUCCAGAACUGCCACCUAGCACCAAGCUGGAUGCCAGCCCUGGAGCGCCUCAUUGAGCACAUCAACCCCGACAAGGUGCACCGGGACUUCCGCCUGUGGCUCACCAGUCUGCCCAGUAACAAGUUUCCAGUGUCCAUCCUGCAGAAUGGCUCCAAGAUGACCAUUGAGCCACCACGUGGUGUCAAGGCCAACCUGCUGAAGUCCUACAACAGCCUCAGCGACGACUUCCUCAACUCCUGUCGUAAGGUGUUGGAGUUCAAGUCCUUGCUGCUGUCUUUGUGCCUAUUUCACGGGAAUGCGCUGGAGCGUCGUAAAUUUGGGGCUCUGGGCUUCAACAUCCCCUAUGAGUUCACAGAUGGAGACCUACGCAUCUGCAUCAGCCAGCUCAAAAUGUUUCUAGACGAAUAUGAUGACAUCCCUUACAAGGUCCUCAAGUACACGGCAGGAGAGAUCAACUAUGGAGGCCGUGUCACUGAUGACUGGGACCGCCGCUGUGUUAUGAACAUCCUGGAGGACUUCUACAGGCCUGCUGUGCUCUCCCCUGACCACACCUACAGUGAAUCAGGCAUCUACCACCAGAUCCAGCCCACCUACGACCUCAAUGGCUACCUCUCCUACAUCAAAAGUCUCCCACUAAACGAUAUGCCUGAGAUCUUUGGCCUGCAUGACAAUGCCAACAUCACCUUUGCCCAGAAUGAGACUUUUGCCCUGCUUGGUGCCAUCAUCCAGCUGCAGCCCAAAUCAUCCUCUGUGGGCAGCCAAGGCCGGGAGGAGAUAGUGGAGGAUGUGGCCCAGAACAUUCUGCUCCAGGUGCCUGAGCCUAUCAACUUGCAAAUGGUAAUGGCCAAGUACCCCGUGUUGUAUGAGGAGUCAAUGAACACUGUACUGGUACAAGAGGUCAUUAGGUACAACCGGCUGCUGCAAGUGAUCACACAGACACUGCGAGACUUGCUCAAGGCACUCAAGGGGCUGGUGGUGAUGUCCUCGCAGCUGGAGCUGAUGGCUGCCAGCCUGUACAACAACACUGUGCCUGAGCUCUGGAAUGCCAAGGCAUACCCAUCACUCAAGCCACUGGCCUCUUGGGUCAUGGACCUGCUGCAGCGCCUGGACUUCCUGCACACCUGGAUCCAAGGUGGCAUCCCAGCCGUGUUCUGGAUCAGUGGCUUCUUCUUCCCACAGGCUUUCCUGACAGGCACUCUACAGAACUUUGCCCGCAAGUUCAUCAUCUCCAUUGACAUCAUCUCCUUUGAUUUCAAGGUGAUGGCCCAGUCACCAUCAGAACUCCAAGAAAGGCCCGAAGUCGGGUGCUACAUCCAUGGACUGUUCCUGGAAGGUGCCCGCUGGGACCCGCAGGCCUUCCAACUGGCUGAGUCUCGGCCCAAGGAGCUAUACACAGAUAUGGCUGUUAUCUGGCUCUUACCAGUGCCCCACCGCAAGGCUCAGAACCAGGACAUCUACCUGUGUCCCAUCUACAAGACACUGACCCGUGCCGGAACACUGUCAACUACAGGCCACUCUACCAACUAUGUCAUCGCUGUGGAGAUCCCUACCGACCAGCCUCAGCGACACUGGAUAAAGCGCGGUGUGGCCCUCAUCUGUGCCCUGGACUACUAGACUCAGAAGGGCCGGAACCAUUAAAGUUGAGUUUUCCAGUUACUCUA